AUGUUGACUAUACGAGAGAUCGUGCAGCUGAAGCAGGUGAUUCGGCAGUGGCGGCAGCGGCUGUCCUGUCAACCAGGGGAAGUGGCGACGGUCCCCGCUGGGUACGUGCCGCUGUACGUCGGGCUGGAAGGGAAGCGCUUCGUGGUGCCGGCCCGGUUCUUGAAAUUGCCGGUCUUCGUGGAGCUACUGAAGCGGGCGGAGGUGGAGUACGGGUUUGAGCAGGCCGGCGGCCUCGCCAUCCCCUGCGACUCGGACUUCUUCCAGUGGGUCGUGGAGGCGCUCCGCCGAAACCAGGCCUCGUUCGGGCGGCUCAGCUUCGACGAGCUCCACGACCUCUUCUCCCGCCACUGCGACGCCGGCCCCUGCAAUGCCACCACCCCCGCGGCUUGA